AUGCCCUACCUCCACAGGGCCCCAGGGCCCCCGGUACACCCAGUGCCCAAGGAUGCCCGGGUCACCCACUCCUCAGGCCAGAGCUUCGAGCAGCUGAGGCAGGGCUGCCUGCAGACAGGCUCCCUGUGAGAUGCAGACUUCCCUGCCAGCAACGCCUCUCUGUUCUACAGUGAGAGGCCUCAGGUCCCUUUCGUGUGGAAACGGCCAGGGGAAAUCGUGGAAAACCCGGAAUUCAUCCUUGGAGGGGCCACCAGGACGGACAUUUGCCAGGGGGAGCUGGGGGACUGCUGGUUGCUGGCAGCCAUCGCCUCCCUCACUCUUAAUGAGAAAGCACUGGCCAGAGUGGUCCCUCAGGACCAAAGCUUUGGCCUUGGCUACGCUGGGAUUUUCCACUUCCAGUUCUGGCAGCACAGUGAGUGGCUGGAUGUGGUGAUCGACGACCGACUUCCCACCUUCAGGGACCGCCUGGUCUUCCUCCACUCUGCCGACCACAACGAGUUCUGGAGUGCCUUGCUGGAAAAAGCAUAUGCCAAACUGAACGGGAGCUACGAGGCACUGAAGGGGGGCAGUGCCAUCGAGGCCAUGGAAGACUUCACAGGAGGUGUGGCGGAGAACUUCCAAACCAGAGACGCCCCGGAGGACUUCUACCAGAUCCUGGGGAAGGCCUUGAAGCGUGGCUCCCUGCUGGGCUGCUCCAUCGAUAUCAGAGAUGCUGCAGACUCUGAAGCCCGGACACCAUUCGGUCUCAUUAAGGGCCAUGCCUACACCGUGACAGGGAUUGACCAGGUAGACUUCCAAGGCCAGAAAGUCGAGCUCAUCCGAGUCCGGAACCCUUGGGGCCAGGUCGAGUGGAAUGGAUCAUGGAGUGACAGCUCUCCCGAGUGGCGCUCCGUGAGCCUGGCUGAGCAGAAGCGCCUCUGCCACUCCGCUCUCGACGACGGGGAGUUCUGGAUGGCACUCAAGGACUUCAAGAUGCAUUUUGACAAGGUGGAGAUCUGUAACCUCACACCUGAUGCCCUGGAGGACGACGCCUUCCACCGAUGGGAGGUGACCACCCAUCAAGGCAGCUGGGUCCGGGGCUCCACGGCUGGCGGCUGCCGUAAUUUCCUGGAUACCUUCUGGACCAACCCACAGAUAAAACUGUCCCUGACUGAGAAAGAUGAGGACCAGGACGGAUGCAGCUUCCUUGUGGCUCUGAUGCAGAAAGACCGGAGGAAACUCAAGAGAUUCGGUGCCAAGAUGCUGACCAUUGGCUAUGCCAUUUACCAGUGCCCCAAUAUGGCCGGACACCUCAACAGGGACUUCUUCAGGUUCAACGCCUCCCUGGCCAGGAGCAAGACAUUCAUCAACCUGAGGGAAGUCUCCGACCGCUUCCGACUGCCCCCCGGGGACUACAUUCUCAUCCCCAGCACCUUUGAGCCCCACCAGGAGGCUGACUUUUGCCUGAGAAUCUUUUCAGAGAAGAAAGCCAUUGCCCGGGACGUGGAUGGAAGCAUGGACAUCGACCUUCCCGAGCCCCCGAAGCCAACUCCUCCUCAGCAGGAAACAGAAGACGAGCGGCAGUUCCGGGCUCUGUUCCAACAAAUUGCUGGCGAGGACAUGGAGGUGACAGCCGAGGAGCUGCAGUAUGUUUUAAAUACCGUGCUACAAAACAGGCAGACUCUGAAGUUCAAGAUGCUGAGCUUGCAGUCCUGCAGAAAUAUCAUUUCCCUGAUGGAUACCAGCGGCAACGGGAAGCUGGAGUUCAGUGAAUUCCGGGUGUUCUGGGACAAGCUGAAGCAGUGGACGAACCUGUUCCUUCAGUUCGACGUGGACAAGUCUGGCACCAUGUCCUCCUACGAGCUGCGGACUGCACUGAAGGCCGCAGGCUUUCAGCUCAGCAGCCACCUCCUGCAGCUGGUUGUGCUCAGGUAUGCAAACGAGGAGCUCCAGCUGGACUUUGAUGACUUCCUCAACUGCCUGGUCCGGCUGGAAAAUGCAAGCCGGGUGUUCCAGGCUCUCAGUACAGAACACAAGGACUUCAUCCAUCUCAACAUAAACGAGUUCAUCAACUUGACAAUGAAUAUUUGA